AUGUCUGCGAUUGUAUCAAAGUACGUUGCAGGGCACAAACUCAAUAAAGAUAUGAUUAAUGAAGAACUUAGCCAGCACAUCCUAGCAUUACUCGAGCUUUUGACAGAUAAACUGAAAAGAAAUAAGGACGAAAAAACAACCUGUGCAUCUAAUAAGAUUCAAAAAGAGCGUAGGGAUCAAUGUGAAAAUGAAGGAAUUGAUUUUCCAGAUCACUUCUCGUUAGAAUCGGUUAAGAAGAGACUCAAUUUCUAUGAUGUGUCUAACAUACCUGAUGUGCAAGCCCUAGCCGAUGAUAAUUCUUGGAUAUUUAGAUUGUUAGAAAGGGAUGAAGAGCGGGCUAAACUUCUCCUUACUUGGAUUCAGGAUGCAAUUUCUUCUGAACAGUUGAGAGAUCCAGGAGUGCCAGGAGUUAAAUGGUUUAAUACAUUUCUGAAAAAAAAUAGAUUUCUUCCUGAAACCAGUAAACCACUUCUUCCUAGCUAUUUGUGCAAAUUAGGGGCAGUAUUUGCAGUCGUAUUGAAUGGUGCGAAGAAUUUAUCAGAUGCUAUGACCAUCGCCAGUCAAGCUUUUCGACAUUCGCCACAUAACCAUACCUCCCCAGCGCAAAACUAUACUAUAAUCAAUUUUUGA